AUGCGCAGAACCCAAUACCAAAGUAAAACUCAAGCGCAUUCCAGCAGAAGCGCGCCUGAUAGCUCUUCUCCAGGUGAUUUCUUAUUUGCUGGCCCAGAGGCGUCAUCAGACCGGAGCAACUUUUUUGGAAUUUCUGGCCAUCACUCCGGAGGAUCAGGAGCCGCCGGCGACAAUCCAAGCUCUACAACCCCCACCACUGCUGGCGGGGCCGGCUCGGCUACAACCAAAUGA